CUUUAUUCCUUUCUCUUUUCUUUGUUGGGUUUUUCUCCAUUAGAUUCUGCCUCUCUCUUGACUUUCCCUAUACUGACCUCUUCUUCUUGUAUUUUUCUUCCAUAAAAUCGCUCUUUAUACAAACCCCAAAACACAAUUUUGUAAUAAUUAAAAUCAGCUAUGGCUCUUGGCUCAGGUGGAUCUAGUGUUGUUGUCCCUCGGAAUUUCAGAUUACUUGAGGAACUUGAACGUGGUGAAAAAGGUAUUGGAGAUGGGACUGUGAGCUAUGGGAUGGAUGAUGGAGAUGAUAUCUAUAUGCGUUCCUGGACUGGCACCAUUAUUGGUCCUCACAAUUCCGUUCAUGAAGGUCGCAUUUAUCAGUUGAAGUUAUUCUGCGACAAAGAUUAUCCAGAGAAGCCACCAACUGUCCGGUUCCAUUCUCGAAUUAACAUGACAUGUGUCAACCAUGAGACAGGAGUGGUGGAACCAAAAAAGUUUGCUUUACUUGCAAAUUGGCAGCGAGAGUAUACCAUGGAAGACAUACUGGUUCAGCUGAAAAAGGAGAUGGCUGCUCCUCACAAUCGCAAGCUAGUUCAGCCCCCCGAAGGCACCUUUUUUUAGCAUAACCACAUAUAUAGGUCCCGUCAAUCAACUAUGUGCAAAAUUGUGUUGCUGUGUCAUGACAUUGGAAGUUUAAAUUUACAGGGGAGAGUGCCUUUAAUGGCUUCUCUUACCUCCAAUGGUAUCUUGAUCACUUUUGCUUUCAUCCUUUAUGAACUUUGUCACUGUGUGCUGUUUGAUUAAUGAGAUUAAAUGCUUGUCCAAAUAUUAAUAGUAAUAGGUUCUUGUACUGUCUGAA